AUGGCUCUCAAUCAGGUCGACGAUGAAGCACAGUUUACUGUGGCCAUUUCCAGUUAUCGUAAUGCUUUUUGGGCUCGACAUUCCCACCUCCCGGAAUUAGAGCGGAAUCAACUCUGGAGACAUCGCAUUAGUGAAUUCAUUCCGACCAUCGAUCAGGGCUUGGCCGGCAAAUCGGCGAAACGAUCACGACAGGAUGCGAUUCCGCGGACACUCCCCUCUCCCUCUGGUUCUGGUUCUGGUUCUGGCUCUGGCUCUGGUUCUGGCUCUGGUCUACCGCAGGCGAAACGGCGAGCAACCACCCCGGAUCUUCCAGUGACCGCUCAACUUCGGCGCACCCUCUCGCAAGCAGCUCCAGAUAGGCCCCGAAAGAGUGUACCAUUGUCGAGCUCAUAUCAACAUACCGUCAUGGCCCGCUCCCAAAGUCAACAGAUCCCAUUUUCGCAUUGGCAUCUUCCCACCGAUACUGUCAUGCGAAGGCGACAAGCCUCUGGACCGAUUCGGAAGCAGCCGCAGCAACCACACCUAGAUCAUGUUGACGAAUACUCGCCAUGUGAUUUUGCAAAGAGGUUGGAGAACCCCGAUCAAUCUUCGUCAUAUGGCUCCUCCGCCCUAUCGAUGGGUCUUGCGGAAUAUGGAUCGACCGGACCCUCGUAUCAACAAUCUGGAACAUUAACUCCGGCCGAUAUGUCACCACCAGUGGCGCCAGAAAUGAGCCGCAGUGGGACCACUGACAGUAUCAUUGGCAACUUCAACGACUUUCGCUUCGACUCGAUCGGACGGAGCCCGGAUCUGGAUCAGGAAUACUGUAUCUCCCCAGAGUGGGUGCCAACAUCCACCUCAGCCAUCUCAUACCAUAAUCAAUAUCCUUCCAUGUGCCCUGACCUAGAUUCCCUAUCAUUCCCCUUCCCUUACCCAGUCUCAAUCUCCACUUCUGCCCCAUCUUCUACAUCUUUCCGUCCACCCAUACCAUCUAUCUUUCCGUAUAUGCAGGCAGUCGACCUGAAGCCAUUCGAUUCAACCGAUGGCCAGAUCCCGGUCGUUCCAUCUUCUCGUGCUGCUCGGCGUACCCACGAGCAAAAUGCCCUGGCCGCGCGUCCUAUCGCUCCAAAGCGGGAAUCACAUGAAAAUGUCAUUGUGCCUGAUGCAUCAAAUCCACAAAAGAUGGUCCGCAUCUCUUCGUCUGACGGCACGGCCAAGCAGGUGGCCGCAAUUCCCAAGGCUUCAAUUCAGCGACCUGCACGACCAAAAACCCACUGUCAUCUGUGCAAGGAUCAGCCUGAUGGCUUCCAUGGAGAGCAUGAGCUCCGCCGCCACAUUGAACGAGUCCAUGCCGCAGUACGCAGGGUGUGGGUAUGUGUAGACAUCUCCCCGGACAAGAGCUUCCUAGCAAAUUGCAAAGCCUGCCGUAAUGGCAAGAAGUACGGCGCCAACUACAAUGCUGCUGCACAUCUGCGGCGUACGCACUUCAACCCAUGCCAGCGUGGUCGCGGUGGGCGUGGUAAGGAUAGCGAGAAGCGUGGUGGCAAGGGGGGUGGAAAUCAUCCGCCGAUGGAUGUGUUGAAGCACUGGAUGAGGCAGACAGUGGAGUUGGCCGAAGACCAUGUGGAUGGUAGUCUUGAAGAUAACUUCGAUCUCGAAGAUGAUAACCAGCUCAAUGAGGAGCUGGAGACAGAGUUUAAGUCUCAAGCUCCUCCAAUGCAAGUCCAAUUCCGAGCUCAGCCUCAACCUCAGCCUCAGAUCCAGGUCCAGCCUCAGGCCCAUGCUCAGGCUAUUCCGACGCAAAUGCUAGCUAUGCCGGUGAACUUGGACGUACCAUUCGACAUGGAGUCGACAUUGAUGCAUGGGUUUGACCCGUACCCCGAAACAACAUUUGAUCUGGAACCCAUCGAUUCCAUUGAUCUCCCAGAUCCGCUAGAUGGAGCGCUGGAUUCGCCCUUCUACUCGGAUCCGCACUCAAUACCGCCAGAACAAGAAUCAUAUGUCAUGUGA